CUCAGUUCUGCCCAGCCCCUGGAUGAGCCCCAUGCAGCCCUGCCCAGCCUGGCCCUGAGCACCUUGCACCCUCCACCCACCCCUGGGUACCCUGCAUCCCAUGCCUAGCUCCUGCUCCAGGAACCUCCAUCCCCUGCUCAGCCUUGGCCCUGGCCUCCCCUGCCCAGCCCUCAGCACCUUGCACCCUCUGCCCAGCAAUGGCAACAGCUUCUCCAGCCCAGCCCUGGCCCCAGGCACCUUGCACCCUGGCCCAGCCCAGCCCUGGCACUUUGCACCCUGCCUGGCCUCAGCCUGACCCCUGCCCCACUCCCAGGCACCCCUGGCCUGGCCUGGCCUGGGCCUCCCACGUGCUCACCCGCCCCCAUCCUGCCGCCUGCAAAAGAGAACAUCCUGCUGACCCCAGCAGGGUCCCUGCUAAGGCCAUGCCCAGGACAGCCCCCAUCUUAUGCCCACCGCCCCCCAGGGGCGCCUUCUCAGAGGUGGUGCUGGCAGAGGAGCGGACGACCCGCAAGCUGGUGGCCAUCAAGUGCAUCACCAAGAAGGCGCUGGAGGGCAAGGAGACCAGCAUCGAGAACGAGAUCGACGUCCUGCACAAGAUCCAGCACCCCAACAUCGUUGCUCUGGAUGACAUCUAUGAGAGCGGCAGCCACCUCUACCUCAUCAUGCAGCUGGUGUCGGGCGGGGAGCUGUUUGACCGCAUAGUGGAGAAGGGCUUCUACACAGAGCGCGACGCCAGCCAGCUCAUCCGGCAGAUCCUGGACGCCGUCAAGUACCUGCAUGACAUGGGCAUCGUGCACCGCGACCUCAAGCCCGAAAACCUGCUCUAUUACAGCCUGGACGAGGACUCCAAGAUCAUGAUCAGUGACUUUGGGUUGUCCAAGAUUGAGGGCUCCGGCAGCGUCAUGUCUACGGCAUGCGGCACGCCCGGCUACGUGGCCCCGGAGGUGCUGGCGCAGAAGCCCUACAGCAAGGCGGUGGAUUGCUGGUCCAUCGGCGUCAUCGCCUACAUCCUGCUGUGCGGCUACCCCCCCUUCUACGACGAGAACGACGCCAAGCUCUUCGAGCAGAUCCUGCGGGCCGAGUACGAGUUUGACUCGCCCUACUGGGACGACAUCUCCGACUCGGCCAAGGACUUCAUCAAGCACCUGAUGGAAAAGGACCCGGGCAAGCGCUUCACCUGCGAGCAGGCCCUGCAGCACCCCUGGAUCGCCGGGGACACGGCGCUGGACAAGAACAUCCACCAGUCCGUCAGCGAGCAGAUCAAGAAGAACUUCGCCAAGAGCAGGUGGAAGCAAGCCUUCAAUGCCACGGCGGUGGUGCGGCACAUGCGGAAGCUGCAGCUGGGGACAAGCCAGGAGUUGCCGGGGCCCACGACGCCGACCAGCCCCUGCCGCAGCGACCAGCUCAUGCCAGGCCCCAGCGACGGCUCCGACUCCAGCAGCAGUGACCGGUCGCCAGGGAACGACUGCCUGCAGCUGCCCCCGGACUGACGCCCCCCGCGGCGUGCAGGGCCCGGCCUUGCCCCCACUGCUCGAGCCGGGCCGUGGGCUGAGCCGCUCGGGGAUGGGGCAGGACUCGGUGCGCCGGCCUGGGGGGUGGGGGUAACUCCAGCCCUGGGCCCGCCCCGAGCCCUCUGCCGCCAGGGCGGGGAGCGGAGAGCAGCAAGAUGCCAGGGCGCUGCAGCACGGAGCCUGCCAGGCCUGGCCCCUGCCCUCUGCCCAGGGCUCCCGCGCAGGGGGACCCAGGCCCUGCUCUGCCUAGGCCCUGGUGCCCCUGGAGGGUCCACAGUGAGCUGGGAUCGGCCCUGCCACGGGGCGCCGGGGCCCCCAGCCCACGUGCCUGCCCCAGCCCCGAGCCGGGGGCCUGAGCACCUGCCCCGCUCUGCACAGCCCCGCUGCUCCAGGUCCCGGGGAGGGGCCCGCGCCUGCCCCGCUGCCACUGCCCCGCAUGUCCAGACACGUUUUCAAAUGGCUGUUUCUAUUUUGUUGCUUGUAUUAAAGAAAAGAGACGAA